AUGCCAUCAACUUCUGAGAUUACCGAUGAUUCUGGUAAACAAAAUAGUGAUUCUUUCCUUGAAUGGGUUCCGCAACAUUCUUUAAGUGGGCAAGGUCAUAAUCUAUCAAAAUCAAUGUCAUUACAUCUUCAUUCAACUUCUCGAAGAAUUUUUAUUGGUCCAACACCUGCAAAUUGGAAUUAUCAAAAAAAUUCUCUUUGGUUUUCUAAAAGUGAAAAAGCUGUACAUCAUGGUACUAGGAAAAAAAAGACUUUUAGGGCUAAUACUGACGUUACUGUCGAAGAACCACAAGAAAUGGAAUAUUUAGAGUCAGAUAUGGGUAGUUCAGUAAUUACUCGAGAUGUUUUUUAUACACCAUCUGAGGAUGUAAAAGAUUUUCCUGUUACACCACCUACACCACACAAUCCUCAUUUUAAUUCAAAAAAAUCAAAACCUCAAUCAUUACAAGUGCGUUUGUUUCUUGAACCAAAUAUUGAAGAGAAUGAUGGUGAUGAUAUAUCAUCAGAAUUGUCAAAAUCUUCUAUUGAUCAUGUUUUAAAUGAUCAAAGGUUAGAGGAAAAUAGUGCUGUUGUUGGAUAUUCUACUCCCGUUAUUGGUUCAGAUGCUGGGUCUUUUAACACUCCCACUUAUACACCUGCACCAGGAACUGUACUCAAAGAGGAUUGUAUAUUGAUUAGGAUCGAGCGUGUAUAUCAUUCAGGUGUUCCAAAAAUAUAUAAUGAUUCUACUUCAAAGAAAUAUCUUACUCAUUCUGUAGGAUGGAGAGAGUAUAUUGUGAAGUUAAAAUCUGAUAAAAAAUUUUGUGUUGAUAAACUUUCUUUUGCUUCAACAACUCGAUUAUCCCUCUAUUCAACGGUUGAUUAUACUUUAGCCUUAUCUAGUCCAAGUGAAUACGGCAUGAAAGUAUUUAUAUUUCGAUUAAAAACUCAACCAUUAAGUAUCGAAUGGUAUCGUGCCUUUUAUAAUUUACUUAGGGUACCGUCAAUAAAACCAGUGCCAACUGUUUGUGCGGUGGCUAUACCUGAUCUAGAUGUUCGAAUACAAAUUCCAUUAGAUGAUGAAAUGCAAGCAUUCAAUAUCACAGCAGAAGAAAUAACUAAAAUAGUUUUGGAUGAAUUAAGUGGUAUAAAUGAAUGGGAAGAUGUUUUAAAUGAAUGGUUACAAAAUAGUGAUAUGAGGCUAUGUUGGAAAAGAUAUGAUCGGUUAGAAUGGAUUACCCAUCAACUACAAUUGCGAUGCACAAAACAUUAUCCGACAUCUGUAACAUUACCUGACGAAAUAAAACUACAGGAACCACCACCAGUUGAAGGAUAUCUCAUAAGAGUCACAAAUGAUAAAGGUCGUAAAAAUAAGUCAAAACGACUAUAUUUUUCUUCACAUGAUUACUAUUUGUUUUUCAUGAAACCAUCUUCUGCAAGUCCUCCACCACCACCAACAACAUCUGAAUCUGGAACGGGUGAAGAAGAUAAAAAAGACAAACUCAAUAAUAAACAACCAAUAAUAUAUGCAGUUUCUCCACAUGUUCAUGGACAACAACACAUCACUGCUUUUAUUAAAGCUGAUUCUAAAAGACGCGUUAAACAAAUUAUAAAUGCAUAUGGAUUUAUUAAUUUAAUUGAUGUUAUUGAAGCAUAUUCUAAAACAACCAGGAAAGAAUGGGUAAAAUGUCUUGAUGAUCUUAUCAAAUAUUGGAAAGUUCGACUUCAAGAAGAUAUAAAAACCCGAAUUAAUGUUUAUAAAGCAAAUAAAUUUAAUGAUUGUGAUGAUGAUCAUGCAAAUAGAGUUGAUGGUUUUCAUGAACAUUGGGAUAAUUUUCGAACAUUCGCUGAUCCUACCAUUUGGCAUUGGUGUAUUUUAAAUGGAUGUCGAAGUAUUACGAAAUCUGGAUUACUAUAUCAGAAAAUUCAUCAUUAUGGCACUUUCAUUAAACAUUAUCACGUCCUUACGAGAGGUUACUUAUUAUUUUACCAACUUUAUACUAGAUCAAUAAUAUCUGGGCAAAAAAAACCUCGAAGUUAUUAUAGGCGGAAAGGGAUAAUUAAUUUAUUAGAUUGUUAUGUAUACUCUGGUCAUAUAACAGAUUAUGAUUUACCUUAUUCUUUAAGUACUUCACAUCAAGUACAUAAUGGGAUGCAUAAAUUACCAAAAUUAUAUAAUGAUGGAAUGUAUUGUUUUGAUGAUGAUGGUGAUUGUACAUUUGUAAUUUGGCAAAGUGAAAAACGUUGUAUUAUUGGAAGAAAAGGUACUAUUAAUUUAGAAAUUCGAAAGAAAACAAAAUUAGAUUCUUCUGGUAAAAUUUGGAUAUUUAGAGCUAGAAGUAGAAGUGAAAGAGAAGAAUGGGUUUUGGCUUUAAAUACCGAAAUUGAAAGAUGUUUAAUGGAACAUAAUGAAUAA